AUGUUAUCAAAUAUUAUAUUAAGACAGUUUGCUAAUACUAUUAGCGAUAAACCAGACUGUAAAAACUACCUGUCCGGUCACGGUAGUUUUGUAUGUGUCUGUACUGAGUCGGAGCCGUGCGCUAAAAUCGAGACACCGGUGCGUACGGCACCCGAUGUAGUGACCAAUUGGUUUUCGAGUCGUGACGGCGCCCGACUACGCAAACAGACACUCAAGUUUGGCGACAAACUCGACAGUACUACUACUGGUAAUGGCGCUCAACUACAUGUCAAAGUAAACCGUGAGAUCAAGUAUCAGGAGAUAUUAGGUUUUGGCGGUGCCUUUACCGAUGCCACCGGUAUUAAUCUGAAAGCAUUGGGCGAUAAAUUGGGUGAUCAGGUACUAUACGACUACUUUAGCAAAGAUGGUAUCGAGUAUAGUGUAAAUCGGGUUCCCAUAGCUGGCUGUGACUAUUCGGCACGCGGUUAUGAAUACGAUGAUAAAGGUGAGGACAAAACACUGGCCAAUUGGAAACUGGAACGGGAGGACUAUGACUAUAAGAUACCAUACAUUAAAAGAGCUAAAGAGUUGGCCACACAUGAGAUCCGUCUAUUUGGUAGUCCCUGGUCUGCACCGUCGUGGAUGAAGACCAACAAUGAUAUCAGAAAUGGUGGCACUAUUAAGGGAGAGGUGGGCACUGAGUAUUGGCAGAUAUAUGCAAAAUAUCUAAUAAAAUACCUGGAUGAGUACAAAAACAAACAUAACAUAACACAUUGGGGUCUAACUGUCCUCAACGAACCAUUGAUAACCACCAGCUAUAACUCGAUGCACAUAACAGCUGAACAGAUGCGCGAUUUUGUGGCCAAAACACUGGGUCCGGAGCUUCAACGUAGCGGUUGGGGAGUUGAUAGGCUAAACCUGAUGACCUGGGAUUUCAAUAUGGAAGGCAUUGAAGCCUACACUAAGACAGUCUACGGCGAUCCCAAUGCUGCCAAAUAUAUAGCCGGCACUGCAUUUCAUUGGUACACUACUAUUAAUAAAUCGCACGAACUAUUGGAUGUCAUACAUAAGCAACAACCGGGAAAAUUUUUGUUAGGUACCGAAGCAACCUGGGGUGGUGUCAAACUGGGACAGUGGGAAGCGGCCGAACUGUACGCUAAUGAUAUUACACAGGAUCUAUUGCACCAUUCAAUUGGUUGGGUAGACUGGAAUAUGGUGUUGGACACACAGGGAGGUCCAAAUUGGGUUCACAACUAUAACGAUGCACCAAUAGUGGCCAACGGUGCCAAACACGAGUACUACCGACAGCCGCAUUUCUAUGCAUUGGCUCAGUUCAGUAAGUUUAUUAAACCGGGAUCUGUUAGAGUCGACACACAAGUUGUCAAACAGGAGGCCAACAGUGCACUCGUCGGUGCCUUUCGUACGCCAAACAACUCGACAAUUGUAACGGUUGUCAACAACGACGACACGGAUAUUGUGUUUACUUUGGAGGACUCGAAAGCCGGCAAACUUGUCAACACUAUUACGAAAAAGUCAAUUCAAACUUAUGUUUAUUAUGAUUAG